AACUUGGAUCGAGAAAGUAUCUAUUCAUUUGACUCCGUAAGCACCAAUGGUCGAUUACUUGAUCGUCUUGGUUUUGACAACGACGAAACGUAUGACGAAGAAUACGAACUUGCAAAGAGAGAAAGCUUGAUAUCCGUGCAGUCAACAGGACGUCUUCUUGAUCGUCUAGAUUUGGAAGACAGACCUGGCAAUAGACAAUUUCCUCAGAAAUUUAAACCUAUAUCAGUCUCCAACUCCAUCAGCAAAGACAGGCUUCCUCCUGUUUCUUCUCCAGGAACAUUGCACAAUAAUCUCGCUGCCAUCAGAGGUCUUUCCAAAAAUGGCAGUCACAGCAGCGUUUCCUCUAACUCUCCGCGAGAAACUCACGUCAGUCUCAAACAUGUACCUAUGAAAGUCGUGUUUCAAACGACUAACAACUCUGUAGAUUCGUUCAAAUCGGAUAUGGCUUCAAUCAAUAAAAUCAGAACAGGCUCCUCGGCUUCGUUAUCAACCUUAACUCGUCCCCUUCAACAUACGUCAUCUUCAUCUUCUUCAAACUCAUCUUCACCUUCAUUGACACAUUUGACCAUUCAAAGACGAAGCUCAGAUACUUUGCAAGCAUCCGGUCCAAUGCCUGACAGUCCUGAUACUCUUAACCAAUUCGAUGUAGAAUUCAAAGAUUCACUUGACAGAACGUCUGAUUCGCCAAUCGAUACACAGAUUACGCAGUCACAGCUUCCAAUGAGAGGAGUAAUGCGUACACCUUCGGCUCCUAUUAUUAGAGGAAAUAACGAGUUCAUUGAAGGAAGGAGAGCCAUAUCUGAAGGAAGUAGUAUCAGUAUCACCAGUGUCAAUGGCAUUUCUCGUACGCCUUCAGCUACUUCUUCUACACAACAUUCUGAGUCGUCACAAAAUAGUGACCUUUCACCCGAAUCUAGAACCAGGUUGGCUCAACAAUUUAGAGCAAUGGGAAAACACCGAGAAGCAUCGUAUCAAUUACAGAUUGCUGCGAACGCUCCAUUCAACUACCCUCCGGCAAUGUUGCUCUAUGCCAUGGCAUUGAGAUUUGGCCAUGGAGUUAAGCAGAACGAUAAACAGUCAAUCAAGUGGCUCUGUAGGUGUAUUCUCGUGCACAGCACGCAUUCUAACUUGGUAAAUGUCUCCCAGGUUAUGGAAAAACUCAACUUAUUGCAACCAGAAGAUUUGGUAAAACUAAUCAUACGAAAUCUUGACAACACAAAUGACAAGGAUCCGCAGAUGAACGGAACUGAUGCCAUUAAGUUGUUCAACAUCUUCUCGACUUUUUCAAAAGCCCAGAUUUCCCGGAUUGCCUCCAUCUCCAAAAGCCAGGCUGACGUCGUAGCUGUAAGCUACCAUGAGUUAGGAAAGACAUUGUACCAUGGCUGGGGAUUGGAAAAUCGCGAUGAAAUCAAUGGGAUCAAAUGUAUAUCUAAAGCCGGCUCUUUGGGCUAUGUAAAUUCCAUGGUAGAACUAGGGGAAAUAUGGUGUUCUAAGUCGAAAUACCACAAAAAAGACCCACACAAGGCAGCAGCAUGGCUUCGUUUGGGUGAAAUCUUCGGUGUCAAAUCAAUGGGUAACAGUUGGAUUUACAAGGACAAGUAUAUGAUUACCAAAUCAUAG